CGUACCUACCUACUCAGUACUCACAUACUCUGGCUGAUUUUAAAAGUAUCGUAUUUAAAAUCUAAUAAGUGAUGUUAAUAUUAAUUAUGCAAUUUAGAGAAUAUUAUUAUCAACAUUCUUGUACAUAAUAUAUCAAACUAAAAGUACUCUGUGAUUACUAAAAUGAAGUUCAAAAUACGUAACCUAUCGCAAUAUCCAAAAUUGAAUUUUUUAAAUGAAAAGUGUUUAUUUUUCAACUGUUAUAGUACUAAACCUCCUUAUAAUGCCUUAUUUUUUGGAUCCGAUGCAAUAGCUCUCAACAGUUUACAAAAGGUUAAUAAAUUCAGGAAAACUGAAAAUAUAAUAAACCGAUUAGAUCUAGUCACAGCUAAUAAUUCAAUAAAUAAAAGUACAAUAGAAAAGUUUGCUAUGUCGGAAGAUAUUAACUUAUUAACAUGGUCAAAUUUACAUUUGAAGGAGAAUGAAUAUGAUAUCGGUCUGAUUGUUGCUUUUGGACACCUUAUCAAGAAAGAAGUAUUAGAUAAGUUUCCCUUAGGUAUGGUAAAUGUCCACCCGAGCUUACUACCAAGAUGGCGCGGGGCAGCUCCAAUUAUCCACACCUUGCUCCAUGGUGAUGAGGUUGCUGGAGUAUCCCUCAUGAAGAUUAAACCAGAUCUAUUUGAUGUAGGUGAGAUAAUAAGUCAGAAAGAAGUGCAAGUGCCAGAAGACAUAUUGUUACCACAAUUGACUACACAAUUAUCAGAUAUAGGUGCAGAAAUGCUUGUAGACUGUUUGAGAUGUCUUCCAUCUAGCCUGGAUAAUGCAAAACCGCAGAGCAACCACUGUGUAACAUAUGCUAAGAAAAUCAAUAAAAGCAUCAGUGAGGUACGAUGGUCAGAUAUGACAGCCAAACAAGUGUACAACUUAUACAGAGCUAUAUACGGCCUGUAUCCACUCACUACAAAUUUUAGGAAUAAACCAAUGAAACUGUUUAACGCAUUCAUAAAUAAAGAUGAAGAAGAAAAUAUUGAUAAUAAGCCAGCAGGAAGCCUGGAAUACUGCAAGAGAUUGCACGCUAUUAAAAUAUUAUGUAAGGAUAAUAGGUAUGUUUAUUUUAGAUCAGUGAGGAUAGUUGGGAAGCGGGAAAUAUCGGCGUUAGAUUUUUAUAAUGGAUAUAUUAAAAAUGUUGCUGUUGAUAAAAUGAAAUGUAUUAAAGUUAAUUAAAAAUAUUAAAAUGCA